AUGGCCAUGUCCCAGAAAUCAUUGACCUUCUGGGACGUGUUCAUGGACUUUACCUUGGAGGAGUGGCAGCAACUGGACUCCACUCAGAAGAGCCUCUACAGAGACGUCAUGCUGGAGAACUACAGCCACCUGGUCUCUGUGGGAUACCUUGUAGCCAAACCAGAUGUGAUCUUCAGGUUGGGACAAGUAGAGGCCAGGAAGGCAGAUGGAGAACCCGCAACCCAGAGCUGUCCAGAAUUUUUGCAAGUUGAUGACCAGAUAGAUAACCACAAGGAAAGCCAAGAUAAACCUCUGUGGCAAGCUGCAUUUAUGGAAAAGGAAACAAUGAAUGAUGAAUGUGGCCAAGAAUUCAAAACAUUCAGAAAAAUCAUUUAUCCCUGCACAGACUUUGUUUCUAUAAGACAAAGACUCCUUAAAUAUUAUCCAUGGGAAAUGUUCAAAACAUCGUUUAAAUUUUCUUAGUCAAAAUAGAAGCCAUGUAAGAAGGAAAGAUGA